GUGUCGCAGGCGGCCCAUUCUCCGGAGCCGAUGCCCGUGCCCUCCGUCACCGUCUCGCCCGCGCCGCGCCGUUGCAGCCGCAGCCGCCGCUACUAGAGAGGGCCCGCCGCCGCUGCCUGCUGCAGGAGCCGGCACACGCUCCACACUUCUUCUUCCCCUUCGCUUCGGCCCCGACAACAACCCCUUGUUCGCCGUGUCUUCGUCUUCGCACAGAGCCCGUGGGUGACGCCAGUGCUGUGUGUGUUUGCUCUCCGGUGCUUGGGCCCCGAGGCCGUCGUCGCGCGCUUGUGCCCACCCCGCCCACCACCGCAUCGGUCUCCAAAAAAAGGGUGGACCCACGCCGCGUUCGUUUGUCUCCGUACUGCUGCCGGCUGACUGUGUUGUGUCCCAGCCAUCGACAGACCGACAACGAUCCGCCGCCAGUCCGCCACACCGCCACGACCGGAUCCCGGCGUGCUUCAAUGGUCAUUCUGUAAGUCCCCACCAUGCUGCCUGUGUCCUAUCUCUGCGCGCUGACGUGCGUUAAAGAGAUCGUCGCGAGCAACGGCUUCGGGGACGGCUAAAGCUGCAGCUAGCCCCUCCCUGCUCAGGAGCAUGUCGUCUAAGCGCAAGAGUCCGCCCACCAAGCUGUCGACGGACGAGCUGCGGAGCGAGGAAGAGCAGGAGGAAGACGGUGCCCUGUGCGAAGGCGCCGACGCCGACGAGGAAGAGGAGGAGGACGACGAAGAGGAGGACGACGACGAGACCGCCGGCCGCCUCAGGCUGACCGCAGCGUCGGCCGCGUGCAGCGAUGGCGACGCCCUGCUGUCCGGCCGCGCGUUCAUGGGAGGACCUCCCGAUCAGCUCAUGGAGGAGGACGAAGACGACGACGUGGUCGCGGCAGCGGCGGCGGCGGUCGCGGCCGCCGAGGAAGACGAGGACGACGACGAGCGCGCCGCCGCCCUCGACGAGUUCGACGAGGACGGCCGCUCGGACAGCCUCGGCUCGGACGUCCUGGCUCACAGCCCAAACGGAAACGCGUCCUAUCACGGAGGCUACGCGCCGGGCGACCGACUGCUCGGUUCCCGGCACACAGACUCCGAGGACUCGGACGCGUACGGACCGGGCUCGCCAGCCGAGAACCUGACGACGACGUCCGUGCUGUCAGUGGCACACCAGCCGCACAAGCGUCGUCAGCCUCCGCCGCACCAGCAGCACCACGCACACCAGAGGACGCCUCCGCCGCCACCUCCACUGUUGCCCCCGGCGUCGUCCGAAGGGGGACGCCCCAAGAAGUCUAUGGACGACGUACUCAAGAGGCUCACUUCCAAGAUGCACACAAGCGCCACGCUCAACGACGGGGCCUCCUCCAGGGCGCCGCUCGAACACCGGUCCCGGGGUGCAAGCAGCGGAGGCCACGCGGAUGGAAGCGAUCACGGCGGCCGGAGGCGCGUCACGCUGCAGCUGGAAGGGGAGACACUGCGGCUCGCAUUGUCCGGCGGCAGCCUGAGGGACAACGAGCGCCGACUCACCGAGAUGAUCAACCAGCUGCAGCAGCUGCGAGAUCAGCUGCUCGUGCAGCAGAGGCUCCAAAUGACGCAGCUGGAGCAGGAGGGUCUGGCCAACCAGCAUCAGCAGGAGGAGCUGCGGCGACAGCAAGAGCAACUGCUCGAGCAGCAGCAGAAGUUGCACGAUUUGCAAGCGCGGCUCAGUGGUCAGUACAUGGCCGCGGCUUCGGUGUCCAAAGGAUUUCUGCUGAUGCCCAUGCUGGAGGCCGCACUGCCCCGGGUGCCAGCGAGGCCCGUCUCGUCGCCCACGGCCGCGCAUACACCGCCCACGGCGGCCAUGUCUCCGCUGCAGCCAUGGGUGACCGGCGCGGCGCCGCUGCUGCCACUCUCUGGCAGUCCACUAACGCCUGCCGUGCGGCUGGUGCACGGCGGAGGAGGGGGUCCUGGUAACUCCUGUUCGGGCAACCGGACGCCCACGCCCAGCGCUGCGGCACCGGACCCGGCACCCGACCUCGACACGCCGCUCAACCUCAGCAAACCCCGAGGAAGCUCGUCGGGCAGCACUGCCAGCAGUGUCAGUGGGAGCCCAACACCUGCCAGCGUGAAGCACGAGGCAAGGGACUCCGACCGCAGCUCAGUAUCGCCCCGGGGCUUUCACCCAGGGAUCUCACCUCACUCCGCAGCCAGCCUUCUCAGUGCCACUGCUGCCAGCGCCCCCAUUUCGGUUGGUUCUCCGUUCUUGUCAGCUGCAGCAGCCUACCCAGGGCUUCCGCCUCAUCUCAGAGCUCCUAGCAUCCCUGUGUCGCUUUCAAGCCUGAUGGGACACCAUGGAAUUUCUUCCUAUACCGGCAGCCUGCUGUCCGGUGGCGGCCUUGGUCACAAGGAACUGGGUGCUCCCAGUUCCCUGGUGGGGCCGGACAAACCAUUUCCCUUGCACCUGUACCUGCCCCAGUCGACCGCCGCCGCUGGCGGCGCCCUUCCUCGGCCACCCGCCUCGUCAGCCUCAUCCCGCCGCGACAACGACAGCUCGGCCUCCGAGACUGACACCAAAGGAUCAAGCAAAAUAGUCGGUGCUAAGAUUAUACGACAGACCAAGAAGGAUCCGGACGGAAAACCCCACAUCAAGCGGCCGAUGAAUGCCUUCAUGGUCUGGGCGAAAGACGAACGACGCAAAAUUCUCAAGGCUUGUCCAGACAUGCACAACUCCAACAUCUCGAAGAUACUCGGCGCUCGGUGGAAGGCCAUGUCCAAUUCUGAGAAGCAGCCCUACUACGAGGAACAGUCGCGGCUGAGUAAGCUGCAUAUGGAGAAGCACCCAGACUACCGGUACCGACCGCGGCCCAAGCGCACCUGCAUCGUGGAUGGCAAGAAGCUGCGCAUCUCCGAAUACAAGUCCCUCAUGAGGGCUAGAAGGUACCGUGAAGGUGGUAUGGGGCUAUUGGACACUCCACCGAGUCUUGUCAGUCCUACAAGCAUGGCAUCGCUGCUCAGCGCACCAUCGUCAGCGAUGACAUCGUCACCGAGCGCUGGAGAACUUGUCAGCACUCUGUCGGGCAAAAUGGCACGCAUGCCGUCGUCCAACGGUAUCGGCGAGUCCCACGGCAAGCGGUCGUCACUGUCGCCGGCCAGUUUUAUGGAGACCUGAACUCUGCCGCUAUUCUCGCCCACGACGUGAAAAAGAAACCAAGCAAACGGAGAGCGUGUUGGCUCGCUUGUUUCCCUCUCCUACGCCGCGCUACACCUGGACUUAGAAAAAAAAAAUCCCACGAAGAUAUGAUGAACACGAAGUUCUGGAAACGAGACGUGUUGUUGUUUCUCCUCCUCCAAGUGCAAUGUUCGUAUGCGCCCUUUGCCUACUGCCCCACGCUCCCUACCCACCAGACCUCGAGGUUCUCUCCGCGCCCGCUUUUUAUUUAAAUACGCGGUACUGCAGUGUGUCGAUGUCCGUUUAUGUGCAAGCAGAGGUGCCGAAACGCUGCCGUGAUGGACCUCCUGCAACGCUACCUAGUAUGUGUGUGGGUGUGCGUGUGUGUGUGCGCGCGUGCGCGUUUGUAUUGUUCUAUUCCUUGAUCUGACAGCCUGUUUCGGCAGCAUUCAGAGUUCUUCCUCUUUGCAUAAUUUUUGUCCCUUAAGAGAUGGAGGGAUGUGUGAUCUAGCUCUGAACGAUGAUGGGAACAUGGUGAGGAGGCAAGAAAAAAAAUGGAGGAGAGAAUCACAUCGCCGCCAUCACCCUCUUUUUUACGUGUUGUGGUCCAUCGCCUGCGCCUUUGUUUUAUAUUGGAGUCUGCAAUUUCAAAUCUGUGUAUAACUGUGUUUUCCUUUUUCUUUGUGUUUUUCUUAUAGAUAAGUUUAAGUUCAGCAUCAUUAUUUUUCUUCUGUGUCACACUUGUAUCUCAAGGCUGCACCCAGGUGAUGCUGCUGUUGUUGCUAAUUGACGCUUGCUAUAUAGUGCAAGCACUUGUUCCUUCUACAUUUAAAGAAAACAUGGGGCUGUUUAUCUUGCCCCUUCAUGUGCAGCUCAGAUGUCACACCCAAGUGGUCUCGUAAAGCAACGGGUAGAAAAACCGCUGCUUUACACCUACUCCAAGUUUAGGAAACCUGUACAGUGUAACAAUAUACAAAAUGAAGUAAUGCAUACAGUAACUAAGUAUAAACGAAGUGUUUAGCAAAAUUAAGGAUAAAUGUGUCCCCUCACUGGGAGUAAAAGCAAUGGGUUCAUCUGUAUCAUGAUGUGCAGGCAACCUAUAAGAUGGUGACGCAAAAUGUGUCGUGUCAUCUAUGAAGGCCCUAAAGGGUGCACUUAAAUGUGCAUUUCCGGGGCUUACCUAAGCUGAAGUGGUGUUGCCUUGCUGCUACUGUGCUGAUUCUGGCACAACUGGAGGACAUGGCAUUGAAGAAAAUCAGUUAUGUGCUGUAACAAGAACAGAGACACUUAAGACUGCUUACACGUGGAUAUACGAAAGCAUUAUAGUCCCUUUGGUGAAAUGUCUUUUUCCGCGUGUUCUUUGUCUGCGCAAGCUCUCGCCUACGGUCUAACCCCCUCGGCAAGGCCAAAUCAAAAUGCGCCAAGAAUCCCAACGUGCUUUCUUGCCCGUGAGGAUUGCAUAACUCGAAGGACCGCUCAAGGCCAUUCAAUUGAACAUAAAUGCUUUUUAAUUUUUACGCUCAUGAUGUCUCGCCACCUUCUCCCCUUUGGCUAUGCCGUCAUGUGUGCAAUGACGCACGCACUAGGCACACCUUUAGUCAACAAGAGCCGACGUGGUGUCGAGGAAGCGUGUCGCACCCCGGAAGCCCGGGUUAUAUUCUCACCCAGACCGAAAUUUACCAAAUUUCCUUUUCAAAGCAAUUAAUUUACUUAGUCUACAAGAACCUCCCUGAGAUAUUUGACGUCAAUCCGAGCAUUUUACGACGUGUUUUUACUCUUUGCGCCGUCGGCCAUUUUUGGUACCAUCUUUCGGUCACUUCGACGGAUUUUCUCGUAAUGGGACAUAUAAUGCUUUCGCAUUAGCAACCAAACAGCUGUUUGCAAAUCAUUUUUAUCUUGGCAGUGUGGCAUUUUGGUGCUGUACUACCUUGAACUCUCUGCCUGCUGGAGAUUGUAGAAAGGGCAGUCAGUUGAAGUCCUAAGCCCCAACCACAAGGAACGAGUUCCUGACGAAUUAUUUAGGCGCCGGCCGGCGGCAUCAAGAACAAUGUGACAUUGAGGGCGACACUCGCUUGACGCCGAAGUCUGCCUGUGCUAGACCACAGCGCUGAUGCCCGAAGUGGCUAGCAAAGCAUGAAAUUUGGCCUACGUCAGCCGAAGCCGAAAAUAAUUCGGAAACUUGUUCCUUGUGGUUGGGCCUUUAGUGUUGUAUCUCUGAUUAUUGUGUCAUAAUGGGCCAUCGAAUCCCGCCCAAUGUUAUCCCAUGCCAGAGCCAGCAUCCCUUUAUAAUUUCUUUUUGUCGUAUGAACAUGCUCAACCAUUGUAAACAUACAAUCUAGUCUGUGAUGUUACAUUUGAAGGCAUGGCAUUAUUUUCAGUGUACAACGACCCAGUUUAAGAUGUCUUCAGUGGGUCUGCUUCCUUCAUCAGUGCUAACAAGUGUGUUCAAAUGACUUUUUGUUUUUGGAUUUUUUUCAUUUUUUUAACGUAAUGUAUGCCUUUCUCUAAUUUUGUUACCAUGCUUCAGACUUACGCGUAUUUAUGCAAUUGACUCAAGCAGAAAGCAUCAUAGAAACUUUCUUGAUGAGCUUUUCCAUUCUAAUAGGCAUGGGAAAAUGAUAUUCUGUAACUGCUGUAAGUCUUUAAUGUAAUAAUUUCUGAUAUAUAUUAGGCAAUUGUCUGUAUCAUAUUUCUUUGGUUUAUUGUUGCAGUAAGUGUUACCCUCAGCUGGGGAUAAGUGCAAGACUAGACUUUUCAAACUUGUGAACCUAUUUAUGGUGUCUCUUUCUGUAAGAUAAACUCAUGGCAUGCUUAUUCAUCAUUCUCGUCGCUAUUGUUAACUGUGUUUUUAUUUUUCUCAUUUUUACUUAAGCAUUAAUUGUUGAUUAUGAGAACUGCUCUGGGUGUCAUACCAGUGAAUCCCUCAGAAACAAAAUCUGAGCUGACAUUUUAAAGCACGCAAGUUGUUUGUGGGAUAUGAUCUGUCUCCCUCACUUUUCUAGAGUUUUGUUAGUGCAUAUUGAGCAGUUAAUACAAGGGUUUAGAAAAUCAAAGCCUUACUCUUGCAUUUCUUUUCCCGACAUCAAUUUAUUUCACAUAUUUUAUGCUUGUCUAGGAAACACGUAGCUGGCAUUAUGCUUUUGCCCACUCACUGAAUGUGUUCAAACCCUUGUAACAGCACAGUUUUUCAUCCACUCCCAUGAAGAUAUAUAUAAAAAACACGCAAAACACUUCUGUAAAGAAAAGGCUAGUUUACAGUGUACAGAACUUUCAUAUACAUGUCAAUAUUGUGCUUUUUAGGUAAUUGAGAAUAGUAUGUGUGCUAUAAUUCUGACAGUUACACUGCACACAACACAAAAAUCACUACCAGCAACUGCAAAAUUGGUUGUAAUUUGAGAAUUUUGGAUAUUGAUUUAGUAAAAUGGCCAACACUUUCCUUUUUCGGAAUAGCGAAUAGUUGCUUUUCAACUUUUUCUUGCAAUGACCGGAACUCUUAAUCGGAGCUAAAAGCAAAAGAAAAAUCUUUUUGUGACUGAUCUUAUGGCAUGUGGUCUGUAAAUGCUGCACCCGCAAUAUUCCCCACUUUGUGCUGUUUUUUUAAUAAUAGAAGGCCAUCUAGAGAUGCACUAUUUUGUUAGCAGUGUUAUCUUCGUGCAACGCUGCACUACAUCAGAAACAACUGAUGUCAGCACAGCCAUGUUCACAGUCCUCAAGACACUAGUCGUGAUGGAGAUGCCACGCAAUUUUCCUGCAUCUACCUGUCUACUCACUGUCUUCAUGCCUGAACCUUUCAGUGUUCCACAAACAACUCUUCAUUAAACUGACCUUUUUAUUUAACAUACCGGUGGAGUUCUCAUGAAGUAUUGUUUCGAAAUCUCGUUUUGGAGCAGUAUUUAUUGCAGGCGUUCUCUCUGAAUCGCUAAUGCGGUCGGCAUGUCUGCCGACCGGAAACAUAAGGUUGAAUAGCAGUAGGCAAACAGUGGCUUGUUACUGUAUGUUAGAUUUUAAAACCUUGCAAGUGUGCGUGUUCAUUGUCUACUGCAACAAAGCAUAUGUGCACCUGAGAGUCAGAAAGCUGAUCUGAUGUAGAAAGAAAAUACCUUGCACCUCUCUUCGAAGCGAGAGUUCGAGUGCCCUUCCUUGCAUGAGUGAUUUCAACACUGUUUACUAUGUGUACAUUAUAGACCAAUUAAAACUACGAAGAAAACUUGAAA